UUGCAGGUUAUGGUGAUCAGAUUCACAUCAAAUGUAACCGAUCCACCAGUGAUGUUAUAUAUGGGUGUUGACAAAUUUGAAAAUGAAAAUUUGAUAAGAAAUUUAUGGAGUCACCUUCAGAUGGGGUUGGCCCGAAGAUGUUUGGUUUCAUGUUGAUAAAGUAUCAUCCGCACAUGUGUAUGCGCGUCUACCGUCAGGACAAACAAUCAACGAUAUGCCAGAAGCUUUAGUUGAAGAUUGCGCUCAGUUGGUAAAGGCUAAUAGCAUCCAGGGCAACAAAAUGAACAAUAUCGAUGUAGUUUAUACUCCUUGGGAUAAUUUGAAGAAAACAGGUAGUAUGGAUGUUGGACAAAUUGGCUUUAAGGAUGAAAAAAAAGUGAAGAAGAUCCAUGUUGCGAAGCGCAUUAAUGAUAUUGUUAACAGAUUAAACAAGACUGAAGUACGUGUGGAUAUUGAUUAUCGAGUUGAAAAAGAAGAGAGAGAUGCAAAGGAACGUCAAAUUAAGAAACAAAAGCAACGCGAACUCAAAGAAGUUGAAAAAGCAGAAAUGGAAAGAAGAGAAAAAGAGCGUCAAAUGCGUUCCUAUGAUAGUGUUUUCAUUGAGGAAAAGAUGCAUUCGAAUCAUGAUGGUGGUAAUGAUUCCGAUGAUUUUAUGUGAACAUUUGAUGACUUUUAUGUGAACAUUUGAUGACCUGUUUUGUUGUCUUUCAUGGCUGAUUGAUUCUGGCUAUUAUUAAUUUAUGCUGACUUUUCACUUUUUUGGAGUAUACUUGGACUUCUUUUUUACCAGUCGAUAAUACUAAAAAGUGGUUAUUCCAUCGAAUGUUAUGUGGUGUACGAACCCAACCAAUCUUCCUGAUACUUUUUUAUGCUGGGUUUUCUGUCCAUUUGGUCGGUGGCUUUGUAGAAAUUGUUAUUGCAGAAA